AUUUUGCAAAAAAAAAAUUAUCUAAUGAAUUUAUUUUGUUGAAAAAAAUUUGAACAAAAAUGUUCAAACAUUCUAUUUCGAUGACAAUGUGGACAACAAUUAUUUUAACGGUUUGUUUUAUUUGUUCAUUGUUUCCGACAAUUGAAUCGAAUCCAAGUUUAAUUCUAAAAUCGGGUGGAAAAAAAGGUGGUUCAACAAUUAUGUUUCCAAAUCAUAGUAAAUGUGGUAUGCCAACCAUAUUGAAAACUAGUGGAAAAAGAAAGGGAAAAAAUCUAUUUAUAUUAGGACAUGAUGAAAAAUGUAAAGAAGAAUAUAAACCAUAUUUUUAUCCGGUACAUAAAGAGGAAAAAUAUCAUCAUCAUGAAGAACAUGUUUCGGUAAUGCCUGUUCAUGGUUAUAGUCAUGGAUCAUCUUAUGGUGGUGGCGGCGGCGGCGGUGGCCAUGGUUAUCAAUCUUAUGGUGGAAGUCAUGAUUCUUACAGUGGUGGCGGUAGUAGUGGAGGUGGUGGCGGUGGUGGAUCAAUGAGCUAUUCAGAUAUUGAUCCAUAUCAAGCAUAUGGAUCAUAUCAUUAUCCAGUUUAUAAUCAUUAUGGUCAACAACAAUAUCAUCAAUAUGGUUAUCAUCCAUAUGGUUUUUACUAAAUAAAUAAAUAAAAUAUAAAUUCAUAAAAUAAAUUGAUUUUAUAAUAAA